AUGAUCUCGGCAUUCUUUAUAUUCAAUCAGAAGGGAGAGGUCCUCAUCUCGCGGUUGUACCGAACAGACCUAAAACGUUCCAUUGCAGACGUCUUCCGGAUACAGGUCGUGUCCAACAGCGAUGUACGCUCGCCGAUCAUCACGCUUGGCUCGACGAGUUUCUUCCAUGUACGCGUGAGCAACUUGUACAUCGUAGCUGUCACAAAGUGUAAUGCCAAUGCGGCGCUGGUGUUCGAGUUCUGCUACCGCUUCAUAGCCAUUGCCAAGUCAUACUUUGGCAAAAUCGACGAGGAGGCCGUUAAGAACAACUUUGUGCUCAUAUAUGAACUCAUUGACGAGAUCAACGAUUUUGGAUACCCCCAGAACAGUGAGAUUGACACACUCAAAACCUACAUCACAACCGAAAGCGUCAUGUCCACGUCCAUAGCUGCGGAAGAAUCGUCGAAGAUUACUACGCAAGCGACAGGUACGACCAGUUGGCGGCGCGGAGACGUCAAAUAUAAGAAGAAUGAAGCGUUCGUUGACGUCGUCGAGACAGUGAAUUUGAGUAUGAGCUCGAAAGGCACAAUAUUGCGUGCCGAUGUUGACGGACACAUCAUGAUGCGAGCAUACUUAUCCGGCACUCCGGAGUGCAAGUUCGGCCUGAACGACAAGCUCGUGAUCGACAAGAGCGAGCGAGGGUUGAGCGACGCCGUCGAGCUGGAUGAUUGUCGCUUCCACCAAUGUGUGCGCCUGAAUGAGUUCGAUUCGAAUAGGACUAUCAGCUUUAUUCCGCCUGAUGGGGAAUUUGAGCUUAUGCGAUAUCGUUCAACGUCGAACGUGAAACUCCCGCUCAAAAUUAUUCCAUCGGUGACGGAACUUGGAACAACGCAGGUUCAGUACGUUGUUACAGUCAAGACAAACUUUAACAACAAGCUCUCCGCAACAAAUGUCGUUGUACGGAUACCGACUCCAUUGAACACCACGAGCGUCGACUGCAAGGUUCCCAACGGGAAGGCGAAGUAUGUUCCUGCCGAGAAUGUUGUCGUAUGGAAAAUACCGCGCAUACAGGGCGGUCAGGAGAUAACAUUGUCGGCAUCAGCAGAACUGACGAGCACAACUCAUCGGCAAGUGUGGGCGCGUCCGCCAAUCGACGUCGAUUUCCAGGUGCUCAUGUUCACCGCAUCGGGCCUGAUCGUGCGCUUCCUGAAGGUGUUCGAGAAGAGCAAUUACCAGAGCAUCAAGUGGGUGCGGUACCUGACAAAGGCGAGCGGUUCAUACCAAGUCAGGUUCUGA